AUGCUUGUUCCCACGCAAGGCCCAUACGACCAGUUCCUGCUGUUUGGCGACAGCUUGAUCCAGCAGUCGUGUAGUCAAGCAGCUGGCUUUGCAUUUUGUCCAGCGUUGCAAGAUGCUUUCAUUAGACGGCUGGAUGUUAUCAACAGGGGCUUUUCUGGGUACAAUACGGCCAAUGCAAUACUAGCCUUACCCGGCUUCAUGCCCAAGCCAGAGCAAGCACGUCUUAGGUUCAUGGCCGUCUUCUUCGGCGCCAAUGACGCGUGCCUACCAGGGAGUGCGACAGGUCAGCAGAUACCGCUCAACGAAUACAAGAAGAAUCUGAGAGAUAUCCUUGAGCAUUCAAGCGUCGUUGCACAGAAACCUCGACUGAUCCUUCUCACGCCUCCCCCUGUCAACGAGUAUCAGAUGGAAACAUCCGAGCGAGCCCGGGGAUACAAGGAUCCACUAAGGUCCGCAGAGCACACAAAGGAGUACGCAGAUGCUUGUCGUCAAGUCGGAGCAGAGGUUGGAGUUGCCGUGCUUGACGUUUGGUCCAUCUUCAUGGCAAAGGCUGGAUGGAAAGGGGGCAAACCACUGGUAGGCUCGAAGAAGGUGGCGAGGAGUGAAGUUCUGGAGAAGCUGCUGAGUGACGGGCUGCAUUUUCGACCAGACGCAUAUCGGCUUCUUUACGAUUCAAUGAUGGACUUGAUCCAGAAGGAGUGGCCCGAUCAAGCUCCAGACAAUCUACGCUUCAUCUUCCGAUCAUGGCCGGAAGCACCUAAGUAA